AUGCCUUCCCUCACAUUACAGAACGGCGUGGAUUUCAGCUACACUGACAGCGGAGAACCCCGCACCAACCAGACAGACUAUGCUACGCUCAUUCUCAUACACGGGAUCAUCGAUCUGCGUUCAGGAACAUUUUCAUCCCUCGCGGACCUCGGCCCUUCAAACGGGGUCCGCGUCAUCGCGGUGAAUCGCCGUGGCUACCCGGGGUCGACUGAUUACUUGCCGGAAGAGCUGAGCCUGUUUGUCAGCGAGAACAUGGACGAGAAAGAACGGCUGCUAGCAGAAAUGGGGCGAGAUCUGGCGUUGUUCAUCGCUGGCCUGAUCGACACACUCUCUCUGCCCUCUGGCGUUGCCGUGGUUGGAUGGUCGCUUGGAGCUCUCAAAGUGCUGUCAAUUGUGGCAGCCUUGGAAAAAUUACCGGAAGGCACAAGACAAACUCUGCGCGGCUCUGUUCGCAGCAUGAUUCUUUUCCAAAGUCCAACAGUAGUGUUCGAUAUUCCAGAUCCAAAAGGACUUUAUAUUCCCCAAAACGAUCCUCAUAUUUCCGCCGAGGAGCUAGGGCCUUUCUUCGCACGUUGGGUCUCCAGCUUCUUCGUGCACGGCGACCUCUCAACACAUGACCCAAGCAGUCUGACAUACGACCGCACAGAUCCCCUCCGCCCACCGACCGUUACCCGUUUUGCCAUGGAUCACCUCAUCGACUUCGCCGCGAGCUCCAAGUACGAUGCAGCCCUCAUCUCGCCGCACUUCGGUGGCGUUACCGCAAAGUUAGUUGAUCAAACCCUGUUCGACAUGCACGUGCGGGGCGAGCUGUGGAAGGACACAAAGGUCUUCGUUGUGGCUGGCUCCGCUGACUCGUGGGCGUCAAUUUAUUCCUCUUGGAAGCUGGAGGAGCGAAUGCUUGCCGAGGCAAGGCCGGAAUGUGCGAUCACAUUCAUAAUGGUUGAUGGCGCGAAUCAUUUUGUAGGUCAUCUACGUCGCUUGCGCCUCUCCACUAAAUUUCUUACGAACAACCAGUCCAUGAUCGAAGAUCCACAGGGCACCCUGGACUGCUUCAAGGAGUGCUGCAUCUAG